AUGGCGAAUCAAAUCACUACAUACAAAGAUUUCAACCCAAAAGUACGUCCGGUUUCAAGGCAAUGGUACAGUGAAGGAGAGUUACAGAGAAGAAAAAGAGUCGCCAAAUAUAAAUAUUAUUCGAUUGAGGGAAAGAUGAAGAACAGACUUAGCAAAGGGUUACGCUGGUUUAAGCAUACAUGCUCUAGAAUAAUUGGGGCGGUUAUCGAUUUGCGCGGGGCAACCACACGCGGAGAAGCUGAGGCGGUGAACGAUAUGAUUCCGGUAGUGUCCAGCGACGGGAUCGACGAUUGGUGUAAGUUCAGCGGCAACGGGAAGCUGGAAGGAAGGAUGAUGAUGAAGUCCGGCGGCAUUGAAAAGGCUGACGAGGAAGUCCGUCGACGACGGGAAGGUUGA